GAAGUACUAGCAAAUAUUUCUGCAUUCGAAAUAAGUAAAGGUGAAAUCACUAUAUCUGGAAUGGAUGAGAACAAAUCUACUGCAUCUGGAGUGGAUUGUAAUACUGGUACAACUAAAGUAAAUAAGAGUAAAUUUACUGCAUCUGAAAUGAGUAAAGAUGGUACUAUUAAAGCUAGAAUAGAAAAAAGUAAAUCCACUGCAUUUGAGGCCGAUAAAG